AUUCCUGGGUCUGAUGCGCCACCAGAAACACCACGAAGUAAAGGCCCACGUGUCUCAAUUUCGACAAACUCACCACACAAACCGCUCCUAACAAAAGAAAUGAUAGCAAAAAUUACGCCAAUAGUAAUACCUGGAUUGAAAUCACUUAUACCUGUUCUCGAAGCUCAACACGAUAAUAUUUUUGAUGAAAUAAACGGUCACAUGCAUGACCAAAACGAUCUAGCAUACAUACCUACCUUACUAUCCAAAUGGCUACGAUAUGUAUUAUCUGGUGAAUAUUCAAUUGAGAAUGCAAACGUGUAUGAAGAUCGUUUGUGUACUGUUUAG